GUGCAGCAUGCAUACCUGACGGAAAAUGCGCCGUACCCUGCUCUGCUAGCGAUAAAUCCUGCGGCGAUGGUUGCUGCCACUCUUACCAAACUUGCCUAUCUAGUGGCCUAUGCGGUUCAGGCGGUGGUGUGA